AAGGCGGGGAGGGUGGUGGGCCCCGCUGGGGGUAGGAGGCGCGGCGCGGAGGCCCGUAGAGCGUGGCGCAGCUGUGGCGGCGUUUCCCGCUCGCUAUGCGUCGGGCGAGGGUCCCCGAAGGUUGCAUGAUGGAAUAUGAAUGUUACCUCAAGAGGUUUUAUGUUUUGGAUUAGCUAACUGUGUUUAUCCUCUGCUGACUAUUUCUUCGGACUCAUUUUUUGGUGUCCUUUUGAGGCAAUAAACUCAAAGGGAUUAUAACAUGGACUACAAGGAAAGCUGCCCAAGUGUAAGCAUUCCCAGCUCCGAUGAACACAGAGAGAAAAAGAAGAGGUUUACUGUUUAUAAAGUUCUGGUCUCAAUGGGCAGGAGUGAGUGGUUUGUCUUCAGGAGAUAUGCAGAGUUUGAUAAGCUUUACAAUACUUUAAAGAAACAAUUUCCUGCUAUGGCCCUGAAGAUUCCUGCCAAGAGAAUAUUUGGUGAUAAUUUUGAUCCAGAUUUUAUUAAACAAAGAAGAGCAGGACUGAAUGAAUUCAUUCAGAACUUAGUUAGGUAUCCAGAACUUUACAACCAUCCAGAUGUCAGAGCAUUCCUUCAAAUGGACAGUCCAAAACAUCAGUCAGAUCCAUCAGAAGAUGAGGAUGAAAGAAGUACUCAGAAGCUACACUCUACCUCACAGAACAUCAACCUGGGACCAUCUGGAAAUCCUCAUGCUAAACCAACAGACUUUGAUUUCCUGAAAGUUAUUGGAAAAGGCAGCUUUGGCAAGGUUCUUCUUGCAAAACGGAAACUGGAUGGAAAAUUUUAUGCUGUCAAAGUGUUACAGAAAAAAAUAGUUCUCAACAGAAAAGAGCAAAAACAUAUCAUGGCUGAACGUAAUGUGCUUUUGAAAAAUGUGAAACAUCCAUUUUUGGUUGGAUUACAUUAUUCUUUCCAAACAACUGAAAAGCUUUAUUUUGUUCUGGAUUUUGUUAAUGGAGGGGAGCUGUUUUUCCACUUACAGAGAGAACGGUCCUUUCCCGAACACAGAGCUAGGUUUUAUGCUGCUGAAAUUGCCAGUGCAUUGGGUUAUUUGCACUCCAUCAAAAUAGUGUACAGAGACUUGAAACCAGAAAAUAUUCUUUUGGAUUCAGUAGGACAUGUUGUCUUAACAGAUUUUGGGCUUUGUAAAGAAGGAAUUGCUAUAUCUGACACGACAACAACAUUUUGUGGGACACCAGAGUACCUUGCUCCUGAAGUAAUCCGAAAACAGCCCUAUGACAAUACUGUAGAUUGGUGGUGCCUUGGUGCUGUUCUCUAUGAAAUGCUGUAUGGAUUGCCUCCUUUUUAUUGCCGAGAUGUUGCUGAAAUGUAUGACAAUAUUCUUCACAAGCCCCUAAGUUUGAGGCCAGGAGUGAGCCUCACAGCCUGGUCCAUUCUGGAAGAACUCCUAGAAAAAGACAGGCAAAAUCGACUUGGUGCCAAAGAAGACUUUCUUGAAAUUCAGAAUCAUCCUUUUUUUGAAUCACUCAGCUGGACUGAUCUUGUACAAAAGAGGAUUCCACCACCAUUUAAUCCUAAUGUGACAGGACCAGAUGAUAUCAGGAACUUUGAUGCAGCAUUUACGGAAGAAACAGUUCCGUACUCUGUGUGUGUGUCUUCUGACUAUUCUAUAGUGAACGCCAGUGUGCUGGAGGCAGAUGAUGCAUUCGUUGGUUUCUCUUACGCACCUCCUUCAGAAGAUUUAUUUUUGUGAACAGUUUGUCAUCCAGAAACCAUUGAGCAAAUAUAAGCCUACAGAUGAGACUGAAACUCCUCUUUGUGUGAAUAUAUUCAAAUAUGUUUAACUAGUGCCUCAUUUUUACAUGUAAUGUUAAAAACUAUGAAAAAUGUAUUUUCUGCUGUAUGCAAGAAAAUAGGGCAUUUCAAAGAGCUAAGUUUUGAAUUAAAAUUUCUAUUGUUUAUUAAGCUUAUUUUUAAACAGAGUUUUAAAAGCUAUUCUCAGCAUUAACCUAUUUUUAAAGAAAACAUUUUGCUAAUGACUGUUUUUCUCCCAUGAGUUUACACUAACAUCUACCCAAGACAGACUGUUUUUCAACAGCCUAUUUCAGUUUGGUUAACAUGACAUUAAUGCCUUUGUAACUCUCUACUUUGACCUUUGUUCUCAGAUCAGAACUAUGCAAUUGGUAUGUGGUUGUUUAAGAAGAAACCACAUCUUUCCAUGAUAAGUCAUUCUUUGACAUAAUCAGUUCUUGGUAGGAUUAAAAUGUGAAAGCAUAGUUAACACAUGGGCUGUGAGUUAACACUUUGAAUAAGUGUUCAUUCUGCAGAUCAAAUUAAGAAAUAACAAAAGACCCAUUGCUUUUGAAAUACCAAUUCAAAUUUGUGAAUUAUUUUUCUCUGGAAGAAAAGUAAAGGCUUAAUAGUUAGAAAGUUUAAAAUAUUCCCAAAGAUCUGAAGGGUAAUAAAAUACUACUGGAUUUUUUUUUUUUUAGGUGGUGCCAAAAAUGAAUGUGUCUGUGUCAUGUAUUUAUAUUACAAAUACAUUCUAUUUAUGUUCUUUCUGGUCUUUAUGUUGUUAAGUAGGCCUAAAUCUUGGUAUUUGCUUUUGCAAAAAGCUGUUCAAAACUGUCUUUCUACUUGGUUAAUAAGUGAAAAAUAUUGAGCCUGCUAGAGUUUUUACCUAAUUGGGAAUAUAAAAAAUAGAAUAGCAAAUUCUUGGUCAGUAUAUGUAUUUCACUACAGUGUAACAAAAGUUAAAAAUGAUUCAGGCCGAUGCAAUAUCAGUAUCUUUUUUGUCUUAGAAAAAGCACAAGAAACUGACCUUAAAAUCAUACUAAAAACAAACUGUGUACUUGUCAUUAUAAAAGAGAAUACAGAAAAACUAAAAAAGAAUGUUUGUCUUGGAAUUCUGCUUCUUAGAGAAGAAAUUUUUCAAGUCAUGUAGGAAACAUCGUGAAAGUUUAGGGACCAACUUUAUAUGCUUCAGGAACAAGCAUUCUUUCCAUGUAUUUUCUCUUGAGAAAGAAAUCACAAAAGCAUUUCACACCAAUACCCUUUGGCUUAAAAAUGUUCAGCAAAAUGGGGGGAGGGGGGUGUGCUUUUGUUAGAUUAAUAAUGUUUGCAUCCAAUACACUGAAUCUUCCUUUAGAGGUAAGACUUUAAUAGCAACACUGUAAAUAUUUGGUUUAUUUGGCACUACUGUAAGUUCUGCUUUUACACAAAGUUCUUUGCUUAUUAUAAAGCAAAAUAAAAACUGUAGUCUCUUGUAUGAUUUUUUUUUACUCAGCCACUCCUUAAUUAAACUGCCAAAAAUUAAAGUGCAAUAUUGUAUAUUUUUAAGAACAAAUUUAAAUAUGCUGUUUAUUGGAUCACAAGAAAUACAAAUCUUAUAGUAUAAUAAAACUAGCAAAAAGAU